UUGGGCUGGUUCCGUGUAUUUCUUUUACUUUGUACCGCUGUUUGAUUUGUCUUUCUUGCUUAAUUUUCUUUGAGUAUUUUUGCAGUAGUUUGAGCUAGCCUAGUGUGUGCAAGGCACUAUAUAACAACAAUCUGAACUGAAAUACACACUUUAAUAGGUGACACAUGCUGGUUCCCCAGCACGCAUCUUCUGUAUAAUCCACAAAAGCAUCUAGAAAUUUCUUUGACUCUCCUUGUGAAAUUCACAGCCCGGGGAGACAAGCUCCUGCCCCCUAGAGGUCGGCCUGAUGAAGAUGGUCUCCCAGGAGCCGGCCUGCCCGUCCAUCAUCAAGCUCCUAGACUGGUGCGAGGCCGAGGACAAGUUUGUCUUGAUUAUGGAGCGGCCCAAGCCCUGCAAGAACCUCUACGAGUUUGUCAUGGUGAAUGGCGGCUUUGGCGAGGUGGAGGCACGUCGCCUGUUCCGGCAGCUGGUGGAGGCCCAUCAGCACUGCGAGGCGCGGGGUGUCUUCCACCGAGACCUCAAGCCCGAUAACGUCAUCAUCCAGACGUCCACCCAUAACGUGAAGCUGACUGACUUCGGCUGCGGCUCCCUGCUCAAAGACGCACCUUUCUCCAGCUUCAUCGGUAAGCGGGGCUGAGGGCCAGUGGCGGGCCGUGUGACGACUAAAUGGCAGCCCACCCCGUAAGUAACCCUGAUGCCUCUCCCUAGGAGCCUACCUGUUUGCACCUCCUGAAUGUUUCCGAGAUGAAGUCUAUUAUCCGACCCCCUUCACUGUCUGGACCCUGGCCAUCAAUCUUUUGUUCAUUGUUGAUGGCCAUCUGCCCUUUGAGAAUUUCAAGAGAGAAACCCUCGCCAUCCCUGACGGCCUGUCCAGCGGUGAGAAUGGAGAGCUGGUGCACAUGGCACAAGGGCGUCUAUUGGAGUGCAGGCAGUGGGGCACCAGUCUUCAGUUAGGGCAUCCCUCAAGCUGGUAGGGGGUAAUGUAAUG